GGGAGAUGUUUUAGAUGUUCAAACGCCAGAAACGGAGUAUCAGCCCGAAAAAGGAGCGAUGCGUGCCAGCAAGAUGUUUCCUUUGUGGUUUGAGUUGAGUUAGCCUGAAACGUCCUUAAGCCCCGCAUGGGCAGAAAACUUAGAAUGCAUGUGUCUUUUUGAAUUAUAUACCAAUUCAGUCUCACAGUCACACUGCAUCAAACCGUAGCCACUCGAUCAUGUCCGGCUGAGCUGUUCGGCGCUGUGACAGAAGCUGUGACAGAAGCUCAUGGCACAGUUCGCGCGCUGUUUCUCCUUUUUCUUGUGCGCUCUUUCAUUGGCUGAAGAGUGCCAGGAUGAGACGACAGCAGUUUGGCAGCUGCAGUUGCAAUCGGCGCUUUCGGCCAAUCCGUCGUCGGGUAUUUGCGCCAGCCCAGCUCCCGAGGAUUACGACAAACCCAUUUCUGCUGUGUUAGAAAAGUAUCCUGGACGUGAUGGUUGGUGCAUCUUCGGGGCCGCCGCUGAUUGGUGCAGCACAUGCGCAAUUGGCCGCGAACAGAAGGAUAUGAGGCCCUACGCUGAACACCAGAUGAAGGUAAUUGCCACGACGGAGUAUAAGUAUUUGCAGACCGGCAAGGAGCCCAAAAAGGUUUUGCUGCCAGAAGGCACGUCCUAUGAGUCUUUGAGCAAUGUGAGGGACUACCAUGAUCUAUUCUGCGCACUGAAUGGUCUCUUUAAUGUCUCGCGCUCCGCGGCUCUCGACGAUUUCGAGUAUCUCGCGCAAGUCUCUGAACAGAGAUGUCUUGGUGUGCAAAGCAAAGUGUGGAACUACUUUGGUCUUUCCAUCAACAACUUGCUUUUGGAUCCGUAUCCUCUCGGGGAUGCUCUCAUAGAAAUUCUCACCAGCGACAAGCCGGUUGUGUAUUUGAACCAGUCCUUUGUCGACAUGUUUCAUUACGAGGCUGCUGUCCAAUGUCGUCUUGGGAACGACAAAGGGGCUCUGUGUGUCAUGUCCUACUGCGCCCUUCGAGGCUGCAUGGAACCUGAUGGCGUGGUGGGGCAAACCAAACAUGGAGAAUGCCCUCCAGUUUGAUGGUGUUUGUCACUGUAAAGUGCGCUUGGAA